AUGGAGUGGUCUAACGAGACAGUUCUUAAGUUCUUGGAGUGGGAUGAAAAUGAACCCGUAAUAUGGAAUGCAUCUUUACCAAACCAUAAAAAUAGAAAUGAUGUUUAUGAUGCUUGGAAUCGCAACGAAGUUAAGAUGGAUAAGAAAUACACCAUCACUAAAUUAAAAAAGAAAAAGGAUUCAUUAAUGGCUACCUUUAGAGCCUGUUUAAAUAAAGUAAAACAAAGCUUGAAAAGUAAAGCAGGGACCGAUGAAAUUGAAAAACCACCGUGGUUCGCCUAUGAAGAAAUGGCCAAAUUCCUUCGGCAUAAGAAUCUUCGAAGGACAAUAAAUACACAGGACAUUUCGACGAAGAAGAUGGCAACAAUGAUAAAGAGGAGACUAUUGCUGGUGGAAAUUGAUAGACCUGCACGGGAUAAUAAUGAUAGUAUGUUUGCCAACACAAAAUACUAA